AUGGACCAUUUCACAUUGAAACUUGCUAUUUCCCUUUUCUGUUAUUUGGCAAGCAAGUUAAGUUGCUUUAGAUCCAUUAUUCCUUACCCGUAUUAUCUUUCUUUUCUUGCAAUUGAAAUUGUUAAUAUGAUUUUCUCUGAGAGAAGAGGUCAGUGGAAAGCUGCAAUCCAGUCCCAGGAAUUUUUUCGAACUCUACAGCGUUAUUACAGCAAUGCAUACAUGGAUGCAGAGAAACAAAAUGCCAUUAAUGUAUUUUUGGGGGAUUUUCUACCUCAACCAGGUAAACCGGAUGUGUGGGAACUGGAUUCUGACCAACAUUACAAUGUGGGGAGAUAUGGGCAGUCAAAUAUUGAUGAAAAUGGAAGAUUACUUUUUAAAAGAUCAUGGUCAGAUGGAAACAUUCUUAGUGAAAGUCACUCGCCCACAUCCACCUCAAAAUCCAAUAUGGGCUUUUCUAGUGCUGGGUUAUCAGACAAGCCAAAAAGAGAAUGCAAAAUGCUUUCCGAGUCAACACCAGUAAUAUCAGCUUCUGAAAGUGACGUAACAUGUUCAAGGUACACCCCUUCAGUGCCAUCUGUGGAGCUUCGUGCAGAAAUGCAGAGAGAUGGCUGCCUUGAACAUGAAAAUGUAGACACGAUUGACUGCUCGAACUUCGUUGACUUAGAUUGGCUUUCCUCUGGAACUUCAUGCGAGGAAGAGUCAUUGGAAAGGUACUCCUAUUUAGAGUCGCUUGAAUUUCUUUUUUCUUUAAGAUACUAUGGGUGA